AUGGACGAAGUAAAAACAUCCAGAGCAAAAUCAGCAAACGAGAUUUCCGAUCGAGAAGUUCACUCGGAUCACGACUCGGAAGGCCAAGAUGGAUUAUGGCUUCGAUUUUUGACUUAUCUGAGAUGGUAUCCGAGUGAGAUGCCACAUCUGGAGAAAAGAUUGAUUCUGAAAUUGGAUAUUUUGAUCUUGGUUUUUGGUUGCCUAUCAUUCUUCACAAAAUAUCUUGACCAACAGGCGAUAACUAAUGCAUAUGUCUCGGGCAUGAAAGAAGACCUUCAUCUAGGUGGUAACGAUAUCAAUUACAUCAAUGCAGUUUUCUGGGCAUCAUACUGCACAUCCAUGAUCCCUGCCUGCUAUUGGCUAACUCGAACUCGAAUCAACAUUGCUCUACCAACUUUGGAGGUCGGGUGGGGACUAUUCACGUUUGGCUGUGCUUGGGCCCAAAGUCUGAAUACGAUUUACGCCAUGCGAUUUUUUGUCGGAAUAUGCGAAUCUUGCUCCUUCACUGGCGUCAUUUAUGUGAUAGGGUCAUGGUAUAAGCCAGGAGAAGUGACCCGACGGGUGGCGCUUUUUUUCAUUGCAUCGCCUCUGGGGACAAUGUUUGCUGGAUAUUUGCAAGCUGCAGCAUAUACCAACCUAGACCAAACGCAUGGUCUAGAUGGGUGGAGGUGGCUCUUCAUUGUUUGUACUAUCAUCACGAUUCCAAUUUGCAUCUUAGGAUAUAUUGCGUUUCCAGACGUGCCACAUAGAGCGAAGCCGCGGUUCUUGACAGCGGUAGAGCACUCUCUGGCGAACAAACGUCUGGAGGGCUUGACAGCGCCAAGCGAACUCAACAUCUCGAGGGCAAUCUUCAAGCGAGUCUUCGGGAGGUGGCACUUCUACGUUUUUGUCACCCACUGGAUCUUAAUGGACCAGAAUUUUAUGCCUUAUUCGACUCCUUUCAGUCUAUAUCUCAAAGCAAGGCCAGAUAUAUACUCCAUCUCGCGAAUCAACACGUUGCCGACAAUUGCCACAGCACUAUCCGUUGUCGCGGCACUUGCGGCAGGAAUUACAGCUGAUCGACUUCGCAAUUUCUGGAUUCCAUCUGUGUUGACUAGUAUUCCAGUCCUGAUCGGGUUAAUUCUCCUGGUCGUAUACAAUGUCGGUGAAACCGGGCGAGUCGCCGCAUUCAUCAUCACUGGAUUUGAAGGAGCGAUAAGUCCACUCACAAUGAGCUGGGCGACCACUGCUAUGGCCAACGAUGCCGAAGAAAGAGCUAUUGUUACCGCAAGUAUGAAUGCCAUAGGACAAGCUAUGGCUGCAUGGACACAAAUUCUCCAAUACCCAGCGGAGAAAGCUCCAAGGUUCCAAGCUGGCUUUUUGUCCAACCUGGUGACUACAAUAUUCCAAUUUGCCAGCAUAGGCUUGAUCGCAUAUCUUGUACAAAGGGAUCAGCGGCGAGCCGCGCGAUAUCCCUAG